AUGGCGAAAUCACUUCGAUCCAAGAGCAAACGGAACUUCCGCUCAAAGAAAAGAGAAGAUGGAAUUUAUGCAGCUACAGAAGCUGCUCGCCUGCAUCGGCUUAAUGCUAAACUGAUGGCUGUCGUGUCAAAGGACAACGAUGGGGACGUUCCCCUAGCAGAUGCUGAGGGAGAGGUAGAAGACUCAACAGGUUGGUCAUCACCUUGGCUAGCGACUUUUGGUCUUCUGGAUGCAAUGGAUAUCACUGCGGACACCAUGCACUCGCUGCAGCAUGGGUCUGCCGUCAGACUGCCUCGACGUCGUCGUGCGAGAAAGGCGGACAUGCAGGACAAUUAUAACCCUCUACAAGAACCUAUGGAAGUGGAUACCCUAGGCGCCGUUGCUACCCGUAUAUCAACCCAUGGACGGAGAGGUUCGCGGAGGGAAGAAUGGAGACUCUCGAAGGGUCUUUCGUCUCGGCCAAAGUCGAAAGGCAUGAAUCGUCAAGGAGGACUAGCUGCUGUUCGGAGGCCAGGCCGGUCAAAGCGGAGGCGGUAG